UGCAGUUUUGUCGUUUUGAAUUGAAUGAAAAGUAAACCAAGCCGAUGCUUAUUUAAAAGCAUAUCUACCUAAUUAUCUCCCACAUUUUGUUUACAGCAGGUGAAAAUAUAUAUGUCAAUGUCGUAACCACGGAAACAAAGAAAGAAACAUUUCCCGAAAUGAAAGUUACAGAGACGGAUGUCGACGAGGAUGAGGUUAUUUAUGUGAAUGGCCCUAAUGACACUGAAGUAAGAGGAGAAACGAAGAUCUUGGUUUCUGACCUAAAGGAAGUCGUUACUAUGAAACAUGAAAACGAUAUGUACGAAGUGGAAUUUAAGAGCUUACCUCAUGGCUUGAAACAUCCACAUAAAGCUUCAAAUUUGCCACAAAACUUGCAACUGAAUAGAUUCAAAACUACCUUUCCAUAUGACCAUUCCAGAGUUAUCCUAAAGAAGGAACAAAACGACAGCACUGACUACAUCAAUGCCAAUUUUAUCGAUGGUGUCCGAAAUCAGAAGGCAUACAUUGCCACACAAGGCCCAAAGACGAUCACAUUGGAAGAUUUCUGGAGGAUGACAUGGCAAAACAAAUGUGGAAAAAUAAUUAUGCUUGCGAACCUGGUGGAAGUUGGAAAGGUCAAGUGUACUACCUACUGGACAGGCAGUGAUGGGGGACCAUUGGAACUCGGUCUAUUUCAAGUGACACUACAGGAGGAGACAGAAUACGCCUUCUACACCAUUAGAAAGCUUUCAGUAAAGAGCAAACAAACAAACAGCAGAAGACAAGUAAUACAGUACCAUUUUACCAGAUGGCCAGAUCACGGCGUACCGGAACCUUUCGAACUUCUCCAGUUUUACAAGCGAGUGAAGAGUGGACACACCGACCUUAAAGGUCCUUUGAUUGUACACUGCAGCGCUGGCAUUGGACGGACGGGUAGCUACAUUGCAAUGGACGCUUUGUUGCUGGAAGGAGUGAGCAGUCGAGAAAUUGACGUAUUUGCUUACGUUGAAAAGAUGCGGAAAGACCGAAUGAAUAUGAUACAAACAGCGAAACAGUAUGAAAUGCUUCAUUUCAUUGUACUGGAGGGAUUAAACGUGGUAACGACAAGCAUGUCAAAGACAGACCUUUGUAGAGUCAUCACAGACAUGCUCGAGGGUGGCAUACCAAGGCAGCAGUAUGAAGUUCUUAAUGCUGAAAAACCAGAAUACAAAACCACAGAUUUCGAGACAGCUCUAAAGAACAAGAACAAAAACCGGAACCAAGCUAUCCUGGCAGUCGAAAAGUACAAGACCCGCCUUAUGUCUACUACAUCCGGGUACAUCAAUGCUGUCAACAUACCGGCAUACAGAACUCCGUACGGCUACAUCCUUACCCAGCAUCCCAUGGACAACACUACUACUGACUUCCUGUCUCUGAUCGCCCAGGAAAGAUCGGAUACGGUUGUGUCCAUUGGUACCUUACAGAACAAGCCAAGUUGGCCUACAACGAAAGGAGCUCGAACCAAAUUUGGCAACUUUCUUGUUACAACAGUACAAUGUGAUUACCAUUCUGUAGGAUCUGAGCGUGUCGAGGAGAAGCAGCUAGCAAUAGAAAACAAAGAAACAGGGACGGACACACAGAUAACACUUUUCGAAACUCCUUCCUGGGGGAUGUCAUUGCCAGAGUCUAGCUUUAUGCUGGAGUUGAUACAGGUUAUUCAGUGUAGGCGGGGGAUGGAUGCUGCUUCCGUUAUCAUCACCUGUAGGCGAGACCAGUACGUGUUUUGCUACAAAUUAGUAAAAGACUAUCUAGAAGCGAACACAGUCUAUGCAAAUGUGUAA